AUGGCCCUCAAGCUCAGGCCCACCCACUCCCCCGAGCCGCCCCCGUUCUCGUGGGACACCCUCUCCGCAAUGCCCUCGCCGCCGUCUGACACCGACGCACCCGCCUCGCCGCCGAUUCCCUGGCUGUCAGCACCUGACAUGAAGGUCUUCGGUGCAGAGCCGCUCAAGCCCGAGAUUGGCUUCGUCAAAUGCAGGGACUGCGCCAAACCCGUCCUCCGGAGUGCAGUCGAGGCCCAUGCCGUCAACUGCGCUAAGCUCCGUGCCGCGAUGAAGAAGAGCGGGAAGGGAAAGGAGGUCGAAGCCUCAAAGGGCAAGAAACGCAAGGCAGAGGACGAGGAGCCCACCCCCGAAGAUCCCUCCGCUCCCAAAAAGAAGAAACCUGCCACCAAAGUUACCAAGGGCCGCUUCAAGGGCCCCGUCGACUACGACAAGCAGUGUGGUGUCAUCAACGACAAGGGACUUCCUUGCUCACGCUCCCUCACCUGCAAGUCCCAUGCCAUGGGCGCCAAACGCUCGGUCCAGGGCCGCUCAAAGCCCUACGACGAGCUCCUCCUAGAAUGGAAUCGGCAGAACAAUCCGAACUUCGUCGAGCCGGUCAAGAAGGAGAGCAAGGAGCAGCGCAAAGAGCGGAAAGAGAAAGAGAAGGCAGAUAAAAAGCGCCAGGCAUUAGAGGCCGCCGCCGCCGCUGGCGUGGACCUCACAAAGAAAGGUGCGAUCGCCGCGGUCACAGGUGCGGCCACGAAGAAGAGCAAGAAGGGAACAGCGGCUGCAACUGCUGCGGGAGCCGUCGCGGGGGCCACUGUCGCUGGCCAAGACGACGGCUACGAGAACCUGGACGAGCUCGACUCCGAAGCGGAGGUCGACUCACUCAUACACGCCGUUCGCGCCGCACAGAAUAGCGGUCUGAUCGGCGUCCCUCUCGCUGUCCCCUGCGACGCCGGCUCCUGGUUCGUUGCGCGGAGGGAACGCUUACGCAGUUGUCAUCAGCUUAUGGCCAGCGCGUUGAUGCCACACUCCGUCGGUCCAGGUGGUGCACGACUGGCAUGA